UUAAAGAUGGCGGCGGCGGCUGGAGCUCUGAGCCGCCGGAGGAGGGGGGAGAAGGAGUGUCUGUGAGUCGCCCAUAGGUAGCGCGGCGGCGGCUGUGAGGAGUCCGCGUGUGGAGCGGCCGGCGACUCGGCCCCUGGAGGCCUGGGCUGGGCAGGAGAGACCCGAGCGGCGCCGGGAGCCCCGAGGCCGGAGCGGAGGAGGAAUGUGAUCAGGGGUCGGCGGGGGCGCGGGAGUACGCGAGCACCGGGAUGGGGCAGCAGGUGGGCCGCGUCGGGGAGGCUCCGGGGCUCCAGCCGCGCGGGAUCCGGGGUAGCAGUGCAGCCAGGCCCUCGGGCCGCAGGCGGGACCCGGUGGGGCGCACCGCAGACGCCGGCUUCAAUGUCUUCACCCAGCAUGAUCACUUUGCCAGCUGUGUGGAGGAUGGAUUUGAGGGAGACAAGACUGGAGGCAAUAGUCCAGAAGUUUUACACCGCCCCUACGGUUGUGAUAUUGAAUCCCAGGCACUGAAUGAAGCCAUCAGGUGGAGCUCCAAGGAGAACUUGCUGGGAGCAACUGAGAGUGACCCUAAUCUCUUUGUUGCACUUUAUGACUUUGUAGCAAGUGGUGAUAACACACUAAGCAUUACUAAAGGUGAAAAGCUACGAGUCCUUGGUUACAACCAGAAUGGCGAGUGGAGUGAGGUUCGCUCCAAGAAUGGACAGGGUUGGGUGCCAAGCAACUACAUCACUCCAGUGAAUAGCUUAGAGAAACAUUCCUGGUACCAUGGACCUGUGUCCCGCAGCGCAGCGGAGUAUCUGCUCAGCAGCCUAAUCAAUGGCAGUUUCCUCGUGCGAGAAAGUGAGAGUAGCCCUGGGCAGCUCUCUAUCUCGCUCAGGUAUGAGGGGCGUGUGUACCACUACAGGAUCAAUACCACCACAGACAGCAAGGUAUAUGUGACUGCUGAGAGCCGCUUUAGCACCUUGGCAGAGCUUGUUCACCAUCAUUCCACAGUAGCUGAUGGGCUAGUGACAACAUUGCACUAUCCAGCCCCCAAGUGUAAUAAGCCAACUGUCUAUGGUGUGUCUCCUAUCCAUGACAAAUGGGAAAUGGAGCGAACAGAUAUUACCAUGAAGCACAAACUUGGGGGCGGUCAGUAUGGAGAAGUCUAUGUCGGCGUCUGGAAGAAAUACAGCCUUACAGUUGCUGUGAAAACACUGAAGGAAGAUACAAUGGAAGUAGAAGAGUUCCUAAAAGAAGCUGCAGUGAUGAAGGAAAUCAAGCAUCCUAAUCUGGUACAGCUGUUAGGCGUCUGUACUUUGGAGCCACCAUUUUACAUUGUGACUGAAUACAUGCCCUAUGGGAAUCUCCUUGACUAUCUCCGCGAGUGCAACCGAGAAGAGGUGACUGCAGUUGUACUGCUUUACAUGGCCACUCAGAUCUCUUCUGCAAUGGAAUAUCUGGAAAAGAAGAACUUCAUCCAUAGAGAUCUUGCAGCACGUAACUGCCUAGUGGGAGAAAAUCAUGUGGUAAAAGUGGCUGACUUUGGCUUAAGUAGACUGAUGACUGGAGAUACCUAUACUGCACAUGCUGGCGCCAAGUUUCCUAUUAAGUGGACAGCACCAGAGAGUCUGGCCUACAAUACCUUCUCAAUUAAAUCAGAUGUCUGGGCUUUUGGAGUCUUGCUGUGGGAAAUUGCUACGUAUGGGAUGUCACCAUAUCCAGGUAUUGACCUAUCUCAAGUCUAUGAUCUUCUGGAAAAAGGAUAUCGAAUGGAACAGCCUGAGGGGUGCCCCCCUAAAGUCUAUGAACUUAUGAGAGCAUGCUGGAAGUGGAGCCCUGCUGACAGGCCCUCUUUUGCUGAAACCCAUCAAGCAUUUGAAACGAUGUUCCAUGACUCUAGCAUCUCUGAAGAGGUAGCUGAGGAGCUUGGGAGAGCUGCCUCCUCCUCAUCUGUUGUUCCAUACCUUCCUCGAUUGCCUGUACUUCCUUCCAAAUCACGGACCCUGAAGAAACAGGGAGAGGAUAAGGAGAACAUUGAAGGGGCACAAGCUGCCACAGAGAACCCUGCUUCCAGUUCAGCACCAGGGUUCAUUAGAAGUACACAGGCCUCCAGUGGAUCCCCAGCACUGCCUCGAAAGCAAAGAGAUAAGUCACCCAGCAGCCUCUUGGAAGAUGCCAAAGAGACAUGUUUCACCAGGGAUAGGAAGGGAGGCUUCUUCAGCUCCUUUAUGAAAAAGAGAAAUGCUCCCACACCCCCCAAGCGUAGCAGCUCCUUUCGAGAAAUGGAGAAUCAGCCCCACAAGAAAUAUGAACUCACGGGGCUUCCAGAGCAGGAUAGGAUGGCAAUGACCCUUCCCAGGAACUGCCAGAGGUCCAAACUCCAGCUGGAAAGGACAGUGUCCACCUCUUCUCAGCCAGAAGAGAAUGUGGACAGGGCCAAUGACAUGCUUCCAAAAAAAUCUGAGGAAGGUGCUGCUCCAGCCAGGGAGAGACCAAAAGCCAAACUAUUGCCCAGAGGAGCAGCCACAGCUCUUCCCUUGAGAGCCCCCUCCGGGGAUGCAGCCAUUACAGAGAGUGACUCUCCAGGGGUGGGCUUGGCUGGAAUGGCAGCUGCCCCCAAAGGCAAGGAGAGGAAUGGUGGGGUGCGACUUGGGGUCACUGGAGUCCCAGAGGAUGCAGAGCAGCCAGGCUGGUCUUCUCCAGCCAAGGCUGUAGCUGUCCUCCCAACCACUCACAAUCACAAAGUGCCAGUCCUUAUCUCACCCACUCUGAAACACACUCCAGCUGAAGUGCAGCUCAUUGGCACAGACUCUCAGGGGAAUAAAUUCAAACUCUUGUCAGAGCAUCAGGUCACAUCCUCUACUGACAAGGACCGACCCCGCCGGGUAAAACCAAAGUGUGCUCCACCCCCACCACCAGUGAUGAGACUGCUGCAGCAUCCAUCUGCAUGCUCAGACCCUGAGGAAGAGCCCACUGCCCCGCCUACAGGACAGCCCACUUCAGAAACACAGGAGGGAGGGAAAAAGGCAGCUCCAGGGCCAGUGCCCAGUAGUGGGAAACCUGGGAGGCCAGCAGUGCCUCCACCUCAAGUGCCUCUGCCCACACCUUCCAUCUCGCCAGCCAAAAUGGCCAAUGGCACAGCAGGUACUAAAGUGGCUCUAAGAAAAACCAAACAAGUAGCUGAGAAAAUCUCAGCAGACAAAAUCAGCAAAGAGGCCCUGCUGGAAUGUGCUGACCUACUGUCCAGUGCUAUCACAGAACCCGUGCCCAAUAGCCAGCUGGUAGACACUGGACACCAGCUACUCGACUACUGCUCAGGGUACGUGGACUGCAUCCCUCAGACUCGCAACAAGUUUGCCUUCCGAGAGGCCGUGAGCAAACUGGAACUUAGCCUGCAGGAGCUGCAGGUGUCCUCAACAACUGCUGGUGUGCCUGGGGCAAACCCUGUCCUUAAUAACUUAUUGUCAUGUGUACAGGAAAUUAGUGACGUGGUGCAGAGGUAGCCACUGUCAGCUGAGUGGAAAAUGCACACAUUUCUAAGGGGAGAGGGAAAGGGACUUGUUUUCCUGUGUUCUUGUUUUCAAAAAAUGAAAGACUGAUACUUGAGUGUGUUUAUGUGAAGUACCUCAGAUCCCUGAGUUCUCACGUUUACAGGUUCAUCUCAAAAUAACAAAGUAAACCACAUAAGUAGAAGAGAAGCAAAUUUGGUGGGGCAAGGCAGUGGUGGACAAAGUUGGAAACAGCACUGGAAAAUCGGGAAGCAUCUUGUACAAGUCAUAAAGACAUGUAGCCCCUCCCCACCUGCAGUGAUGGGGCUGCUCCGCUGGGCAGCCCUCAGUCAGUCUGUACCACAGAAGUGUGCCUGAUAGGUUCUGAGGGUGAUUAUGCUUCAGUUCACUCGGCACAUUCUGGGCACAGAAGAAAGCAAUCAGGAAUGUGACAGGAGAUGUUUUAUUUUUCAAGGCUGUGGGCGUGGCUGUUGCCUGGCUUCCACAGGUCUUUGCUGCUGUAGUAAGAACUGCAACAUAGAUUGCUAGAAUACUAAACUGGGAAGUGUCACCCUUUGUGGCUGCUCCUGUCCUGUUUCCCAUUGGUGUAUUAAUUAGCGCAGGAAUAAAGAAUGCUGGGAUGUGUAGUCAGAUAGAGUGAUACCUUCAGAAAUCCCAUGGCAACACAGUCACUUUUCCCACUCUUAUUAAGUUACUUCCUAAUGGGCAGGACCUGCUUGCUGCUUCUUGGUGGCUAUCUGUAAACCACAGGAAUCAGGGGUGGGGUCUUCUUAGUGGCUCUUCUCUGUCCUUUGCUGGGCAGGCUGUCUUCCUUUAUUCCUGACAGGAUUCAGGGCAUUAGCCAGCAUCAAUGUUGAAAGUAGUGGUCACUACAGGUUCUCACAGGGGAAACCUCUCUGAUACAAUGCCCCUGCCUACUGACAUACUGGCCAAGGACUUCAGCAGUCACUACAGGUUCUCACAGGGGAAACCUCUCUGAUACAAUGCCCCUGCCUACUGACAUACUGGCCAAGGACUUCAGCAGCUCUAUAUUGUUAACUGAAAUACCAAGGAGAUGCAGUCCCUUUUUGAAACUGUAUGUCUGGGCCCAGAGGCCUGAGACUGAGAGGAGAUGCUUGCUUUGUUGAUUUGGAUAUUUUACCUUUCCCUCCCUCAAUACCUUAAGCCAGUCUGGGUGGGCAGUAGGAAAGGCAUUUUCUCUCUCUAUGGGCUUACAUUGCCUCCACAUUAUUCUCACAUGCUUUUCUCUGCCUGCAUAUCUAUCCCUACCCCAUCAUUGUACUUGGUAAAGUUCAUGUGGAAAAUAUACUUUAUUUAUUUUGUCAUUUCACCUCUAUUUUAAGAGUAAUUGGAGGA